CAAGGAUUGACCAGAGACAUUCCGUAUGAAUUUAAGACAGUUCACGAAAUGGACGGGCAAACGGUCGCCUCCACUAUUAUUUGCGCUUAAAGUUAUAUGGCUCUUGUCAAUUUUUACUGGUGAAUACCUUGGAUUUUGGAAAGCAUCUCAUGAUUGCGCUCCUUGGCCCAAGUCUCCUAGCUGGAACAUCCGAUCAUCAGCAUCUCGUCAAGAAUUAAGCCAUAAUGACCAUAGACAGAUCGAUAGUACAGCACGGCCCUACAAUAUCAUGAUCAUUGGUGAUCCGCAACUGACGGACAAGUAUUCGUACGGAAGGAAAGGUGUCAUUCAAUGGAUCACUGAAUUCUAUAGUGAUCAGUAUAUGCGAAGGAAUUGGAAAAAGCUCAACCGAAAGCUGCGACCUGACGCUGUGGUCUUUCUUGGUGAUUUGAUGGAUGGAGGUCGGGAAUGGCCCGAUGAUCGUGAAUGGAAGGAAGAAGUCAACCGAUUCAAAGCAUUGUUCAAACCAUUAGACAGCAGUACCAAGGUUCUUUACAUGGCUGGUAAUCAUGACGUUGGAUUUGGAGACGGUAUCAGAGCAGAUAUUGUCAACCGUUUCAAAGGCGAAUUCGGAGAUACUUCAUACGAACUCUUUCUGGAUAGCCAUAGCAUUGUCGUGAUUGAUUCGGUGUCAAUGAGUUCGUCGGAUCCUAAUAUUCAUCAGCAACCACGAGAUUUCGUAAGAGAGAUUCGGCCAUCUGAUAAACCGAGAAUUUUGUUCACGCAUGUGCCGCUUUACCGUGAGCCCAGCCCCAUAAGUGGAGCCUAUAGAUCUGAGCCUCCAGAGGAUUUAUGUGGGCCACUACGACAAAGCAAGAAGCAGAUCAGACAAGGUGCAGGAUACCAGUACCAGAACUUAAUGACCAAGGAGCUCUCUGAUUAUAUACUUACCCAGACGCAAGCUGACUUUGUCUUCUCUGGCGAUGACCAUGACUACUGUGAAGUGAUUCACAAAGUUGGAAAUCGGCAGGUUCCGGAAAUAUCUGUCAAUACAUUCAGUAUGGCUCAAGGUGUUCGCUAUCCAGGCGUGGUCCUCCUCAGUCUCUCGGCGGCUGAAGACUCUAAAACCGAAUCCUACGCAAACAAGCUCUGCUUGCUUCCUGAUCAAAUAUCCAUAUUUAUUCGAUACGCCAUCCUCUUUGGUCUAUCUGUACUUGUUCUGUUUUGCAACAACUUGCUGGAAAUCUAUGGUCUUUUGAAAUCAGGUAGUACAUCACCAACCAUACCGUCUUAUCGCCAAGAUGUAAAUAAGGACGACCAGAGGAAGAAUAAAUAUCUUUCUCAAAAUCGGAUCCAUCUUGGCAAAUGCUUAGAUGCCUUCAAGAGGACGGCAAAUAACAUUCGACAAGUCGCUAUACCCAGCAUUUUGUUUUAUUUAUUUUGUGCCUUAGUGUUGUAAAUUUAUUGCUCUAGUCCGUAGAAACCCCCUCCAACUUGUAUAUUCUCGCGUAAAAGUAGCUAGCUAUGCAUUGCAGUGAAAUAUAUUUCAUUUUAUAGGUUAAUCUGUUUGCGCAGGGGAAAAAAUGGACGAGAAGAAAAAGAAAUUAUUUUGUGCGGUAUGAGGGGAAGGAGACCAAAAAAAAAAA